AUGGCUGUGGCAAUUGCUGGCGGAAUCAGCGGCCCUGGCCGUGAUCUUGUUGAAGCUAUUUCGGCCCAAGGAACUCAUGAGGUUAUCGUGCUGACGAGAAAGGUCUCAGGACAACCCGGAGGCGCAGCCCCAAAUGUUCGCUUCGUGGCUGUAGACUAUUCUGAUAUUGAUUCUCUCACGGCCGUCCUUGAAAAAUACAAUGUCGACACCGUAAUUUCAACAGUCUACAACAUUACCAGGGAAAGCCAGUCAGAGUUAAAUCUCGUUGUAGCUGCUGAGAGAUCGAAGACAACGAGGAGGUUCAUACCAAGCCAUUUCGGCGUCCCUUACCUACCCGAAUAUGGAGUCUCAACCUUUCCCCCUUACCUUGCAUCGUCGCCAAUCUAG